AUGACUUUACAAAAACGAACAUAUUCGUCGAAAAAAAAGGCGAAAAAAAGUCCAUCGGGAAGUCUUACGCUUGCCGAGGCAAUGGCUGUUAUCAGGGCAUUAGAAGUCGGCAAACAUCAUGUACACUCGUACGAACUACAUAUCAAAUGCAAACUAGACAAAGGCGCGAUACCGAUACGUGGAUCCGUGCUCUUGCCUACGCCUUUAAUUAAAAGCACGUCGAUUCUGGUGUUCGCAUCUGGUCCGUUGGUGAAUGAGGCGAAAAAUGCAGGUGCUAGUUUGGUGGGCGGAGAGGAAUUGAUUGACGAUAUUGCAAAAGGACAUCAAAAACUCGAUAAAUUUGACAAGGCUUUUUCCACUGUCGAUAUUUAUCCGUCGGUUAAGUCUAUUGCUAGGACAUUGGGUCCAAAAGGAUUAAUGCCGAUGGAGAAGAGAGGCACGGUCACAAACGAUCUCGUAAAAGCUAUAAAAGACUCCAUUGGUAAAUUCGAGUUCAAAGCGGAUAAACAAGGUGUUAUUCAUACUGGUAACAUUCUAGCACUCUUACAAGAAAUCCGAGAUAUUUAUAAACUCGGCAAUUACAAAGGAAAAACAAUUGAAGAAGUCGUACUGAAUUCCACACGUGGACCUGGAAUCCCACUAAACAAUGUCCUGACAAUGUUGGAUAAACUAGAAGAGGAACGAAAUCUAUUGGAGAUGCCUGUAACUGGUGGUAAUUAUAGUAGAAACAACCCUCUGCCGACGUCGGCUCCUCCAGGUUACUCUGGCGGUGGUUCUAGAACAAGGAUAAGUGGUACUGCUGCAAGUUCUAGUUUUGAUAAUCGUUAUCCGGGUAUUGGUCUUGGUGGAAAGUUGCAUUACAACAAUAAUAAUAAAAAUAUGGUGCUGGAAAUCUAA